GCCGCCGGUCCGAGAGGUUUUUUAUUUCAGGUGCUUUGGGGCAAAUCUUUUCACAAAUUGGAUGUGAGAAAGGACAUGAGGAGACCAAAGACCUGGGAUUUUGCUGAUCAGAAUGAAACAAAUGUUGAAAGACUUUUCAAAUCUAUUGUUGAUGGUUCUCUGUGACUGUGUGCUCGGGGAAGCUGACUACCUCUUCUUGGUGAAGCCGGACCAUGUAGCGCUGAGCAACAGCAGCGUGUCUGUGGAUUUCCAAUCCCUGGACGGUGCCAACGGAACCUUACGGAAUGUGUCUGUCCUGUUACUGGAGGCCAACACCAACCAGACGGUGGCCACCAGAUACCUGGAGACCAACGCCUCCCAGGGCAGGCUGGAGUUUGAAUGCUUCCUCUUCCAGGAGGCUGGCGACUACUGGUUCGUGAUGUCCCCGGACGGUGGGGACAACAGCACAGCCGAGCCCUGGUGGGAGAGCGGCGCCGCCCUCAGGGUGGAGUGGCCUGUCUUCCACGUGGACUUGAACCGGACGUCACAGGCCGCCGAAGGCACCUUCCAGGUGGGCCUGGCCACCAGUCAGCCACUGUGCGCCUUCCCCGGCGGCCAGCCCGAGAUCCUGGUGGACGUGGUCUUCACCAACAGCCUCCCUGAGGCCAGAGUGGGCCGGGGGCCGCCCCUGGAGAUCCGGAGCCGCCAGCGCACAGAGCUGUGUCCGAUGCAGUGGCUGGAGUUCGGCUGUGCGCCCGUGGGCCCGGAGGCCUAUGUCACUGUGAUUUUGAAGCUGCUUGGCCGAGACUCCGUCAUCACCGCCGUGGGGCCCAUCGACCUGGCGCGGAAGUUUGGAUACAAACUAGUGAUGGUGCCUGAACUCAUGUGUGAGGCCGAGGUGGAGGUGACGGUCCUGCCCCCGCCCUGCACCUUUGUCCAGGGAGUGGUCAGCGUGUCCCUGGAAGCCCCUGGACGCCCCGGGGAAAGGACCCCUCGGCUGGCCACAAACAGCCUGGCCCUGGGGGAGAGGAGAACAGCUUUCAACUGCACUCUGUUCGACAUGGGGAGGAAUAAAUACUGCUUUGAGUUUGGCGUCUCAGGCGGAAACCAUUUUUCCACUAAGGAGAAGGAAUGCAUGCUCAUUCAGAGAAAUAUAGAGACGUGGGGGCUGUGGCAGCCCUGGAGCCCGUGCAGUGCCACAUGCGGAGACGGAGCACGGGAGCGCCACCGCGUGUGUCUCACCUCCUCCCUGUCCAGGUCUGGCUGCCCCGGAGUGGCCUCCGAGACAUCACUGUGCUCCCUGGAGGACUGCGCUGCGUUCCGGCCUUCCAGCCCGACGCCUCUUCAGCCCGAGGUCCCAGGAAAGUCCAACAACAUCGUGACGGUUACCGGCAUCUCCCUAUGCCUGUUCAUCAUCGUGGCCACCGUGCUCAUCACACUGUGGAGGAGGUUCGGCCGGGCCCCCAAGUGCGGCACCCCAGCCCGCCACAACUCCCUGCACUCCCCCAGCUUCCGGAAGAACUCCGACGAGGAGAACAUCUGUGGGCUGAGCGAGCCUCGGGGGAGCUUCUCAGACGGGGGUGACGGGCCUGCGGGGGGCCCCGAGGACAUGGGCAUCCCUCUGACCUACCGGCGGAAUGGGCCAGCAUCUCCUGAGGACGACACGUCAGGCAGCGAGAGCUUCCAGUCCAGUGCCCAGAAGAUCAUCCCCCCGCUGUUCAGCUACCGCCUGGCCCAACAGCAGUUGAAGGAGAUGAAGAAGAAGGGCCUGACAGAAACCACCAAGGUGUACCAUGUGUCCCAGAACCCCCUGACGGACACGGCCAUCGACGCGGCCAACACGCCUCCCAUAGAGCCGGAAGGCCCAGAAGCUGUGGCCAACAAGUUCCGCAUCAAGUCCCCGUUUCUGGACCCGCCUGGGGUGGGUGGCGGGGAGAGGCCUCCCUCCCGCCUGGACGGGGCCGUCUCCCCAGCCAGCUGUGCCGUGAGCCCCAGCCAGACCCUGAUCCGAAAGUCCCAGCUCAGACAGCUGGGCAGCAGAGGGGGCCUGUCGGAGCGCAGCCACUCCCGGAGUGCCCAUUUCCGGAGGACGGCCAGCUUCCAUGAGAGCAAGCAGGCCCGGCCGUACCGGGAGCGGAGCAUGUCCACGCUGAGUCCCCAGCAGGCCCCGGCCUACAGUGCCAGAACAUGGACCUGGGACCCGGCCGAGGACAGAGCCAGGCCACAGAGCCGAGGCGCCAUCCCGUUUCCUGAGAAACCAGAUGCUCUCCAAGGGAUGGGUGGCACCAGUGGCCUGCUAAGCCCGCUCCCGAAAUCCUACACCUCGGGGCAGCCCAGCAGGAAACAGGAUCUGGGGGACCGCCAGGUGGGCUUGGAGGCGGGGGAGAGAACAGAGACUCACCGAGCUCGGAGAGGACCAUCCCUCAGCCACAGGAGUUCCUCAAGGAAGCAGCCUUCCCCCAUCACCCUCAAAGAGAGCUACCCGGGGAUCAGCUCCCUGAGCCCCUCCCAGUGUCGAAACGACAGGCGUCAGAGCUUCCCCACCCACCCCGAGUUCGCCUUCUAUGACAACACAUCAUUUGGACUGACCGAGUCUGAGCAGAGGAUGCUGGACCUCCCUGGGUAUUUUGGAUCCAAUGAAGAGGAUGAAACCACGAGUACCCUUAGCGUGGAGAAACUGGUCAUCUAG